CCCCUGGGCAAUAGGGGAUCAUGAGGCCCCUGUGUCCUUGCUUAAACUCAAAAAAGCCUAUGAAAAAGGUACCAGGGGCACCUCCCCGGGCCCUUGGGCAGUGCCCGAGUUUCCAAAUGGUCAGUCCGCCCCUGGUGUGGAGAGAGACUUGCAUAGGGAAAGCUGACAAAGUGUUGUUUUACAGUCAGGGAUAAUUUAUGUAAAGUGCAGUUAACCUCUGAUAUAUAAAGUUAUUAUAGUGGCUUCCAAUGCAGU